AUGUCAGAACCAGAAGUCAAAAAAAGAGGCAGACGUGGACGUCCUCCGAAACAACCGGAAAAAAAACUAAAAUUAGAGUCCGAUAUGAAAGAGUCUCAGCAAUUACCAAUAAAUUCAAAAGAUAAGCCUCUUGAAAAACCCAAACACCAAAACGAGCAUCUAGAGAGUUAUAAUAGCAUACGCACCUGCUUCGUCAAUAGCGGCGUCUCUCAGCAAAGCCAAUUAUUAAUCAGGGAAAGAUUAGUUAGAGAUUAAAUAGGAUUAUUUUAGCCCUAGAAAGGCGAGCUUCACGCUUCAUGUGGUGCUAAGCACUAAAGCCACCUAACACCCUUUUCCUUCAGGUCACCAAAAAUGGUGACUUCGAAACUGCUUGGAUCAAAACCUCAGCAAAGGAUUCUCUUAACCCCUGGUAGGUUGGGGUAUAAGGGGAGCGUCGAAUGACUCCUUCUGGAACUACCUUCGCUAUUUAUAGUAAAUGCUCCUCCUCCAGAGGUGCUCGAUUGAUGCUGCGCUGUCAGCAUUUUGUUUGUGGAUCGAAGGGAAGCCCAGUCAGUUCAAGUCUGCACAUAUCCAGGAAAAAUCCUUCAUCUCGAGCCCAUGAUCCCUUCAAGUGACAGCAGAAGACUGACCCUCGAAGUUUUAUUUUCUUCUCGCGUGAGCACUCCAUGAUGAAGUAAUUAUUUUUUAAUCAGAAGAAUCGCAAAUAACCUUUCAUCCUCAGGCGAUUUCAGCUCUCAGCCCUUGCUAAGGAUGCUUAAUGAUAUUCUUCAAGAAUUGGCUAUGAAUGAGCUUGAAGUUGUAUCAUGGGCGCUUGUCCUUGAUAAAUUUCCUUUAACUCUCCCCUUUAAAUUGAACAAAAUAUCGUUAAAAUUUCUAUUUCCGGUACUUUAACCCUUUAUAUUGAACAAAAUUUGUUUCAAUUGGAAAAUUUUACUAAAAUUAAUCUUGAAAAUAUGCUAUUAGGAUAUGUUUUAAACAGAUUCACAAUAAUUUUUUAAUUUUUAUUUCGAAAAAGACUAUUUACCCUCUUUAAUUUGAAACAGGAUUUUUUCCAAUUUAAAGAGGAGAUUAAGAGACCCCACUUUUCCACUGCUGAAUACUUUGCUAUAUACUGCAUACGCAGUAAAAAGCUACCUAAACGAAGACAUGUCACCUUAUAAGACUUAUUUGCUGUCAAAAAAUCAAAGCUUUAUUGAAGAUUAUCAGGUGUGAAUAGAGCCAUAUAGGACUCUAUUAAAUAUAAACGCAAAAGAAAUUAACUGUAAAUUUCGAGACCUAAGCAAGUUAGUGGGAGUUCCAGGAGACUCAAAAGCUGUGGAUUACAAUUACUAUGUUGAUGAAAUUUUACAAAUUUCGCCUCCCUAUAGUCAUGAUUCAAAUAAAGAAGAAAAUAAAAAAUUGCAAGUAAAAGAAGAAAAUUCUGAAGCUUCAAAUUAUGAAAAAAAUGAAAAUAUUCAGAAUCGACUAGAGGAAGAAAAUAAUUCGAUGAGCGAAGGAUUCAAUUCAAAUUUAUUUGGGAUCCUUGAAAAUGAUGAGAAGAAAAGUGGAUAA